AGCGAGCGAAAAAGAUACAACCAUUCAGCUGCAGAUAGCAAAAUCCGCCAUUAAAAUUCGAUCAACAAAACCUCGAUGAACACUCUGCACGCACCCACGCACUCAUCUCCAAUCGCCCAAAAUUCACCAAAUCGUCGCCGCGCUCCUCUCCUCCACCGUAAAUUCCAACCAUUUCUGUCAAAUACUCAUUCACCUAAACAUCCAAUUCCAUCCAUAAAAUCCACGAGAGUACUCGCGGCGGCGUCAAUGCCUCCGACCGCAGACGGCGACGCGCCGCCGAGCAGACCAUUCUCGGUUCUGUUCGUCUGCCUCGGCAACAUCUGCCGGAGCCCCGCCGCGGAAGGCGUUUUCCGGCACCUCGUCAAGGAGAGGGGCCUCGAUUCCAAAUUCCGCAUCGAUUCCGCCGGCACCAUCAACUACCAUGAGGGUGAUCAAGCAGAUCCAAGAAUGAGGGCAUCUUCAAAAAAGCGUGGAAUUGAGAUAACUUCUAUAUCAAGGCCGAUAAAGCCAUCAGAUUUUAGGGAUUUUGAUCUUAUUCUUGCAAUGGACAAUCAAAACAGAGAGGAUAUACUAGGUGCAUUCGAGAGGUGGAGACACAGAGAGACACUACCCAAAGACGCGGCCGACAAGGUUCGCUUGAUGUGUUCUUUCUGCAAGAGGCACGAUGAAACCCAAGUUCCCGACCCCUACUAUGGUGGACCACAAGGUUUCGAGAAGGUUUUGGAUUUGCUCGAAGACGCAUGCGAGUCCCUAUUGGAAAACAUUGUUUCGCAGAAGCUCUAAACUCAGACUUUCCAGAUUUACUCUUUGAAUGUUUGUCAAUGAUAACAAUACACAAUAGUCAAGUAUUUUUAUCUUGGCCAAAUUGCCGAAAAAACUUGUCUAAUUCUGGUCAUCCCACAACUUUAAAAUUCGGUCGAAAAAAACCAUAAUACUACUAACAUUGUUCGUGAUUAUCUCACGAGCUUUGAUUUGGGUGAAACAAACGUGAAAUUGUAUCGAAUGCG